UGUGAUCAAACCAUUUUAUAUAUGUUUCAUGAAAAGGUGAAAAUAAAUGGCUGAAACUUUCAAAUUUGUUUAUAUUGUGAUCCUUCUGGUUUCCCUAUGUCUUGUUGUCGUUGACGGCAUAAGGACUUAUAGGGAAUGUGAAAAUGCUAGUGAUUGUUAUUCAAUAUAUUGGCGUGCUCCUUAUGGAACUAUGAGGUGUGUUAAAGGUCAUUGUAAACAAAUCAAAGAUGUUAAGAUGCUUCCCCUUCCACUUCUUCCCUUCACAAAGAUGCUAUCAAAUAGGGUACAAAGUUGAAGAUAAACUACACAAUUGUUCUCUACUCUCUCUUUCACUGAUUUUUUAUUUUAUUUUAC